CCCGUACGAAAUGGGAGUCGCGUAUACACUACCUAGUAAAAAUACACAUUGCUCAUAAAUUCUAUGCGAUUUAAUUUAAUAUAGACAUUAUUUAUUCAGGGCCGCCAGGCAUGUGUGUUUGCCACCUCUCGGGCCUUUGUGUUAAGAUUACUUUCUUGGAAAGAUAGCUAAUCCGCACAUGGUUUGUAGUUUGUGCAGCACUGCCGUUUGUUUAUGAUUACGUAAUUAUCUAAGACAGAUUAUCUAUCAGAAGAUGUGCGUCGAGUCAUCGUAAAACCAGAAGUGAACAUACUGUUGAUUGUCUUUUAGCGAGAUGAACUGGCACUAACCUUACAGGAGUGGAUUCACUGCAUAGGACAAUUUACAGGGCGGCAGUGCUCUCCGGCUGCAUGUAGUUGUGUAAUUAUUUAAUAAACUUGGGCGCGACGCCCAGACUUUUCACCCAGUAACUAUUCAAGUGACUGGCAGAACUUAUGAAUCCAGAUGAGCGGUCAGAGAAGGGAGCGGAAACGUGCCCGUUCUGCGGCCGGUCCUUCAAGAGGCUGAAAACGCACCUGGCUCGCUGCAAGAUGGCACCCGUUACCAAGGAUACCAAACUCUCCCGGGCCUCAGAGCAGCAGGGGCUCAGUGCUGCAGCCCCGGGGCGGGGCUCGGCCGCCAAGAAGAACAAAAAGCUGGCAGCCAAUCAGGGGGUGCAUGGGGGCAGGACCCCAGCAGACCUGGGGGAGGGGGGCGCCAAGGUGCGCCAAAACAACAAGAAGAGCCCCCCCAAGGGGCAGGGCGUCUCCCCUGGCGACGGCGUGAAGGUGAACGCCCACACGGACCGAGGAGCCGCGCCCGUCCUACCCAAACCGGCGGGACAGAGACCCGGUCCCAUUGCCACGGCUACGGGAGGCCACACGUCCGACAGGGAGAUCACCAAGCGACCGCUGAAACUAAAGCUUCCCGAAUCGAAGUUAGUGCCAUUCUCAGAGUCUCCUAGAGGGGGCGCCAUGGCCAGAAUGCAGGGGGCGGAGAGCGCCCUCAAGAGGCCGCCGCGGGCCAGGACCCUGUAUGUACCGGGUGAUCACGAUCAGCUGCCUGGACCAAUGGGGAGUGUCCCCAGCGACAGCCGGGGGUGCACCCAGACCAGCGUGUGGGAGCACACUGCAGAGGGGCCCUCCUGCAAGAGCCCCACCCCCACCCCCAAGACCAGCGUGUGGGAGCACACUGCAGAGGGGCCCCCCUGCAAGAGCCCCAGCCCCACCCCCAAGACCAGCGUGUGGGAGCACACUGCAGAGGGGCCCUCCUGCAAGAGCCCCACCCCCACCCCCAAGACCAGCGUGUGGGAGCACACUGCAGAGGGGCCCCCCUGCAAGAGCCCCACCCCCACCCCCAAGACCAGCGUGUGGGAGCACACUGCAGAGGGGCCCCCCUGCAAGAGCCCCACCCCCGAAAGAGAGACCAGCAGGCUGAUGACCUUAACCUCCACUCAGGGCAGAGAGACCAGCAGGCUCUCCCAGCUCAUAACCAGUGUCGGCAGAGAGACCACCAAGCUACCGACACUGGUCACUGACGGAGAAAGAGAAACCACCUGGCUGUCCACCUUAACCUCUGCUCAGGACAGAGAGACCGCCAGUAUGCCCAUGUUGUCCUCCACAGAGGACAGAGAGACCGCCAGGCUGGCUGUUGGCAGUAGAUCUCUGGCAGGGGGCCACACCCCCCCAUCGGAGCCCCACCCCUCCCCCCUGAGGAGUGCAGAUUGGGGGGUGGGCAGAGGGCCCGCCCGCCCCCUUGGGCUGGAGGCUGUGACGGAGCUCGCAGUAGCCUAUCAGGGGAUAGGCCUCUCCAUGGUAACACUGCGCCCCCGCCCCCACCCGGAGCGCGUGCAGAACGAGGCCCUGCCCACCCGGCUCCCAGCACCACAAAGUCCAGGUUCUCUAACAGACCGUGUGCUGAUGGAGGUGAGGUUGGCGGAGCUCCCUGAUUGGUUGGCCUCUCGACCCCUCCUGAGCCCCAGAGCGGCAGCUACUGCUGUACAGAGAGGCUGGAGGAGGUACUACAGGAAGUACAUAGAUGUACGGAGGGGCGGAGUCGGGGGUGUGGCCAUGCUCCUGGCUGGCUACUGUGUCCUGAGCUACAUGUGGAGUUACCCCCACCUCAAACGUGAUCGCUGGAGGAGGUACCACUAGCCCCCGAGGAGGAAGUGCAACCUGACUGCAAUUAUGAACGUGUCUAUGAUCAGUUAUGAAUGUGUCUGAUCAGUUAUGAACGUGUCUAUGAUCAGUUAUGAACGUGUCUGAUCAGUUACGCACGUUUCUAUGAUCAGUUAUAAACGUCUGAUCAGUUAUGAACGUGUCUCUGAUCAGUUAUGAACGUGUCUGAUCAGUUAUGAAUGUGUCUGAUCAGUUAUGAACAUGUCUAUGAUCAGAUAUGAAUGUAUUUAUGAUCAACACAUUCUACCUGCGUUAUGAAUGUGUGCAUAUGGAUUCUAUCAGCUGAUUGGCUGAAUGGUCUCUGUGUUGUGCCAAACAUAUUACCUGAUGUGGUGCCUUGUAUUUAUUGGGGGAAUAUUGUACUACAAGCAGUAAUCCACAGUAACAACACACCAUUACUGACUGCCUCUGAGCAAUCGGUCAUGUGGGUGUGUGUGUGCGUGUGUGUGUGUGUGUGUGUGUGCGUGUGCGUGUAGAAGGGGAAAGAGACUCUUAACAUGUUGUAAUGCCGUGAAAUGAACCUCCUGUUUGGAUGGCCUUGUGCUAUUAGAGGGCUUUUUUAAACAUUCACAUUCAGCAACAGUGCUGGGCUGUAAUUGACUUGAAAGCAGCAAUGAUUCGCUGUCCUGGCUACAGGAAGAAAGCAGCAAUGAUUCGCUGUCCUGGCUACAGGAAGAAAGCAGCACUCUGAUUCGCUGUCCUGGCUGGCAUAACACUGCUUUAAGGGAAGGCCUUGUGAUUGGAUGCAAUAGCUACAGCUCAGUCAGCCCAGCAGGGGGCGCCUGUGAGCCAUGGUGACUCCAGACCUCUUUGCAGAUUUUUUGUAUGAUGUAACCAUGUUUGGGAUAACUGACACCAUAAAGGCAAUAAAUAAGAAAUCAUGCCCCACA